AUGAAAGAGGAGUCCCCGGAUGAGUCCCGUGUGGCUAAACGUCCAGGUGCAAAGCGCAAGUUCCACAAGAAAAGUCGCAAAGGAUGCUCUACAUGUAAGAAAAGACGCGUGAAGUGCGAUGAAAAGCGUCCAGUGUGCGGUAACUGUGAUCGCAUGGGAAUUCAGUGCGUUUACAAUAUACCUGCUCCAACUGUGCAGGCUACACAGGAUAUCCUGACCAACGAGCAUAUCUUGAACUCCUCAGGCUCUUUGCCCAUCCAGGAGCAAAAGCAAAACACACUCAAACCUCCUGAAAUUGUGCAAGAGCCGAACCUGUCUCCGAACAUGAUUACGCAACCGCCUCCUACUCAAGCUCUGGCCUACGAUACACAUCAAACACUCAACAUGCUCGAUUUAAGACUCAUGUACCACUACACCACCAAAGUUUGGCCGACAAUCACAGAGGCAGGAAUAUCAGACUCCAAAAUAUGGUCCGAGGAGAUCCCGAUGCUCGCUUUCAAAUACCCGUUCCUUAUGCAUUCAGUACUCGCUUUUAGCGCUACACAUCUCUCCCGUACAGAGCGUGGCCUUGACCAGUGCAUUACUGGACACCGUGCAGACGCGUUGGGAUUGCUACGUGAGGCAGUGCUCGAGAUGUCGCCCGAGAACACAGAUGCCCUGGUAGCAGCUGCCUUGAUUCUGAUUAUGGAUUCUCUGGCCAACGCCUCUUUGCCAACAUCAACUUCGCUGAAGUCACUUCCGCCGUCCGCAUGGAUCUUCCAUGUCAAAGGAGCGGCAACCAUAUUGACGGCAGUAUGGCCCCUGAGCGAGAAAUCCAGAUUUUACAAGUUUAUCUCGGUCGACCUCGGCGACCUGGGGGAAAUCGGCUACGACUUGAUUUCUGGUGAACUAUCAACAGAUACAGCAAAGGCUGACAUGCUAAAAAUGAAAUACUCCUCCAUUCAGUGCUUUGACGAAGAGAUACGGGAUAUGUUCCCGAUUCCGCUCCACUCGCCAUAUCUACCAACACUGGCCUACAUGGCAAAGCUUCACAUGGAACGGAACAAGAAAGACUUUAUUUUGAGAGUGUUUGCCUUUCCUGCCCUUCUGGACAAACGGUUCCUGGGACUGCUUAUCAGUUGUGACCUCUCAGCAAUGAGGAUAAUGCGAUGCUAUUAUAAACUGCUUCGAAAUUUCACCGACGAAAUGAAGGACAAGGUCUGGUUCUUGGAAGGUGUUUCUUCUGUUCUUCCGGUAGAUGUGGAAGAAUAUUCGGGAGGUGGUGGAAUGCACAUGAUGCUGGAUUUCCUUGGCGGUCCGUCCACAACAGAAGACGACGGGAUUCUCAAUGCUAUGCCCAGCAUCUUCUUCAAUAACUGAAAGCUUGGGGUUGGAUGAAACAUCGGGACUGGAAGACGAUACCACAUUCAUUGAUGUAAACUAAAUUUUCGUUCGAGCAAUUCCAUCAGGGUCUCUGUUGACUCCCAGUUCUAAUAGUUUGGCAAACGCUGAAGCAAAGUCUCUCAUAAAUAGCUCGGAAUCUUUUGCAUACACUUCAAUCCAAUACUUGAAUGUAGGAUUCUUGAUCAGCUCCAUAUCUGUCAUCAACAUCAUCAAGCUGUGAUCGGAGUUGUAAUACUGUGGCAUGCCCGUCAGAGGGACUUGCUCGAGGCUCCACGUAUCCUCCAGUAACACUUUGAAAAACUCAUUGUCAAACUUGAUUGGAUGGGGAGUCCAACUGCCGUCAAAUCCACUAAACUUCACGUGGCACCCACCCAAGGUGUGGCCACCACCGAUCAACGCAACAAGUUCCUGAUCAUUGAAUCCAAGCCGUUGAGUGAACACUUCAUGAAUGUGUUCAGUACCUUUUGUAGCCAAUGGAAGUCUUCCCAUCGGAGGCACUUUGCUGGAGUCUGGACAAUCUGUUCUUCCUGGCUUCCACUCAAUCUUUGGUCCCCCCAUGGCUUCAAUAGCCACCACCCCUCCUAAUGUAUACAAAUCAGCAAAAGAUAUCCAAGAAUAUUUCUCGUGAAUUUGAUCCAGAUACGAUUUAGCAGUGUGCAGCCCUGUAUUCCCGGGAUCAUUGAAUUCUUGCGCGAAUCUCAUUGUACCCCCAUUACAUCCACCGGUACCUG